GAGGAAGCUUUGUUGCCGCCAUUUCACGUUAGAGCAACGCGGUGGCUGCGACGUUCAGAGCAAAAUAACAACAACAACAACAACAACAAGUGCACCGAGUGAGAUUUAGAUCCACCCGCCGGAGCCUUCCAGGACCGAGGGACACCGGGGAAUCGAGCUGUUUGGGCCGGAUACAGAGUGCAAGGCCCGGUCGUGGAGCUCGGGGAGAACGCGAUGAGCUACGGGAGGCCGCCGCCCGACGUGGAGGGGAUGACCUCCCUCAAAGUGGACAACCUCACCUACCGGACGUCCCCGGAGACCCUGCGCCGGGUGUUCGAGAAGUACGGCCGGGUGGGGGACGUGUACAUCCCCCGGGACCGCUACACCAAGGAGAGCCGCGGCUUCGCCUUCGUCCGGUUCCUGGACAAGCGGGACGCCGAGGACGCGAUGGACGCCAUGGACGGAGCCCUGCUGGACGGCCGGGAGCUCCGGGUGCAGAUGGCCCGCUACGGACGACCCCCGGACUCCAUGUACAGCCGGAGGGGGGCUGCACCGCGCAGACACGGAGGACGUUCCGACAGCCCCCGGCGCCGCAGACGUAGCCGCAGCCGCUCCAGGAGCCGGAGCCGUUCCCGAUCCAGGAGCCGCCAUCACUACAGCCACUCCAGGUCCCGCUCCUACUCCAAGUCCAAGUCCAAGUCCCCAAGGAGGAGCAAGUCUAAGUCCCCCUCCAGGUCUCGCUCCCGCUCCAGGUCCAAGUCAAGGAGUCGAACCCCACCCUCCAUCAGGGGGUCCAAAUCCAGGUCCAGGUCCAAAUCCAAGAGUAGGCCCAAAUCACCAGAGGACAACGAAGCUGAGCCUUGACCCCAACAUGGACGCAACAUAACGAGCUGAGAUGACCGAGCCUUUGCCGAAGGACGUCAGGAAGAGUCUCACAUUGAGCAAGGGGACUCCGUUAUUACCACUGAAAGCAGACUGAAAGGUUAUUGGAGCUUGGUCUAAAAAUGUUUCAAAUGUUUAAUUUGACCUAAUUUACUUAAAUUCUGUAACUUUGUCGUCCUUUGUAAAGUUGAGCACAUGUAAGGUGCCCCCUCCCCAACAAAUUGGGCUCUUUCUUUUAAUUUUGGUUGAAUUUGUACCUGUCAAAUAAAUUCAUUUUACGUUAAGUAUAUCUCUUUUAAUGCAACCCCUUGUUUAGCAUUCUUUUCAGAUGGAGUUGAUGUAGAACAUGUUUAUGUUGGAUGUUGACCUAUUCGUUUUGGGGGGGAAAUGGCUUAUUGUGCACUCAGUGACAUACUUUUCACUCAGUGACAAAAACAAAAUUUAAAAUUUUGCAGGGUGCCACUCAGUUUGUGAUUUGCUAAUCCCGCGGCAUAGCAUUUUCUUUUCUGUCAAUUUUUUUUUUUUUUCUGUCUGGUUAAAGUAUUUCCUAUGACUCUAACCCUCUUUCUUGUGUAUCUUUUGUGCACUAGGCGCAGUUGUGUAGCAGUUGAGUAAUGCUGGUUAGCUGUUAAGAUGCGGUGCAGUGCGGUGGUGACAUGGUGUGGCGUGUUGCGGUGCUGAGUGCCCGGCGCUGUUCCGGGGCUCGACCCUCCGCUGCCGUUUGCCGGUUUGUAAGAUCACAGGUGUGGCAGAUCAUCCAUCCUCUCCUGUCUUGUGACUUCUCUCCUUCCCUCCAUGUGCUGUACAGAUUCUCUCCUUCCUUUUGCUCUUUAUCCUCCCUCCUUUCCUCCCUCCCCUCCCUCUGUGGUUUACCCACUGUUAAAAAAAAUAGCAGUGCUCGCUUUUUGAAGUUGGGUCCAGAGCGACUCCUAAUGAAGGGUUUAAAAUUCAGUUUCAAACUGCUCAAUGAAUAAUUUGUGUAUUGCAUUCCUGUGUUAACCUUUCACACGUCUUGUUAUUGCUUCAGGUGAAUGCUAAUAAACAUUUUUUUGUCGUAAA